AAAUUAAUUAUAAGUCCAGAAAAGGGAAAAAAUAAGAAAACCAGUGGCAUAUAUUUUACCAAGCUUUGUGUGGAUCAAAAUACUCUUUUCUCUUCUCCUCUUCUUGGAGUGUUUGUCUUCUAUCCUGAGUUCAGCUCUCAUCUUUUCUCUUCUUUCUUUCUGUUCUGAUUUCACAGAAAAUUAGAAAAAUGAUUAGUUAUUGAAAGGAAAAAGUAAAUUUGGAAAAUUAGAAUUUUAUAAUGCAUUCAAUAUUUAGUAACAUGGCAACUCAAGGUGGAGCUAUGGGAGUUUCAAGCUUCCCUUCAUCACCUUCAUACUUCAGUAGGAAUUCCAGAACCAACUCCUCCACCUUCUGUUUGCAUAUUGCUAUCAAGUCUGCAACAUCAAGGAGAAGGAUAAGUUGUUCUGCUGUGCAAGAAUCAUCUACUUCUACAGUUGCUAGUGAUAAAGUUGAAGAAAAGGCAGUAAAGAAAGUUGAAGAAAAGGCAGCAGCACCAAAGCGCAAGCCUGCAAAAGAACCUGUUAAACCACUGCCUCAGUUGAUGGAAGAAGAUGUAAUCCCAUCACUGAAAGCAAUUCUUGAAACUAAAGAAGAUGUUACUGAACUUGAGUUAACUUUCCAAGAUAAUAGAUUGGAAGGCUCCUUUAAAAAGAAGGGCAACCCUUACUCAUUUUGGGCUUUCUUCCCUAAUGGAGACCUAACAGGUCCAAAAGGAUUUUCUCUAUCCUCCUAUGGCUCAGAAGCAAGCAAUGUUGAACCUUUUCUCGUCGAUGAAAAGAAAAUAACAGCAAAACUUAUUGUCUUCUGGGUAGAAAAGCGUUUGGCAGCUCAAGGAAUCAUUCCAGUUUGGGACAAAUAAUCAUAUACAAUUGUAAAGUUUCCAAAUUCAUUCCAAACAUUGUAACACAAUAACCAAAUGCAUUACUGUUGCAUUUUUGUUCAAUGGUUAUAAUGACAUAACAUAAUUUGUUUAUUAAGGUAAAUCUCUUUUUAGUA